CCAAACAUCAUCUUGGCAACAAGAAGCUACAUAAAAGUGUCGCUGUACUGUCAGUCGUGGUAGCUUCGUAAUAAAAAUGAUAUCGAACAAAACAUUCAUGAAAGAAAACAUGCUGCAAAUAUUAGUUAUUGAAAAUUCGAAAGGUGAUGCAAGUCAGUUAGUAUGUAUAGUUUAAGCUCAAGAAACAUUAAUAGAAAAAAUGUCGGCUACUAAAGAGCAUACACGAGUAGGCCUAGUUGUAGUUCCCAGUUUGGAACUGAGGAACAGAGAAACAAAUACCUUGUCAACUCCAGGACAAUAUGUGAUGCCUCCUGGAGACAAGGCUCUUGCAUGGUCUUUGGAGACACGUCAUCGGCUGGAUGAUUUCGUGAAUAGAGGUGAAGAAGCAACAGACCUAGUCAACAAUCUUUCACAAGAACUUAUCAGUGUCUUCAUUGCAACACUUCAGCAAGAUAGCUACUACCAAUGGAUGUAUCUGAAAGAAGUUUUAAUUCUGAGCAAGCCAUAUGCAGAUUAUUUACAAGGGAAUACACAGAUUACCCACUAUAUAGAUCGAAUCUGCUUUUAUUUACAAAACCAAAAACAUCGUCUUGGAGACCUGCAGCUUGAAGAUGUCCUUGCAAGCAUAUUCCCAAAGGAGACCGAGAGAGCAGAGAAAAGUGGUGGCGAUAGCCGUAAUUAUAGCAAGCCAACACCACCAUCAGCACCAAAGGCAUCAACACCCCGUAAACCCAUUGUAUCGAUGCUCCUGCCAAAUGGUUCAGAUCCUUAUGAGCUUGCUGAAGAGAAUGUUCCAGAUGGAAUAUCUCCCAGAGGUCUUUGCUUUGGUGAUUUGAAGGAGGCUUUGCCCAAGGUUGUCAUUGAAACCACUCAGAGAGAGGCAAUCUGGAGUGAGGGACUUGGUUUAACAGCAGCAGCUCUUAAUAUUGACUUGCCAGAGAAGUUAUCUGAAACAACUGUUGAACAAGAAUCUGGUGAAACUGUAGAUUCUGUAGAGAGCACACCAGCAGAGCCAGACAUUCCACAAGUGGAACAUAGUGAAAAUGCAGGGCGGGAGCCUGUGUUGUCCCCACCAAUGACUGGUAAGGAAGCUGUUGAGAUGUUCGGUAAAGGACGCCACCUAGGUAAAGCAAGUUUCAUUUACCUCAACAAAGCCAGGACUCGUCAUUUUCGACCAUAUGAUCUAGUUGUAGUUCCAAAACACAAGGCCAAUCCUGAUGAACACUGGAUCAUUUCAUGCUUUGGAAUCAUGCACAAGGUCAGAGGUCAACCUGCAGAAAGCUUGGAACUCUUUGAUUGGCAUCGGGAAGCUGUGCUUUGGAGUACAAUCACAAAGAUUCCAUUCUUCAAGUAUUUUAUUACAAGGAAAGUCUUCUUAAGAUGGAGGGCCAACCGUCGUUACAAGGAUUUUUGCAAAACUCAUCAGCAUAUUGCAAGUAUCUUACUGAAGGCCUCUCCCAGUUUUGGUUCUGCACUGCUACAUGUGUCAAGGCUUGUUCAGGAGCUACACACAGUAGAGUUUUUACCAUUUGACAAGAGCCGCUGCUACACUCUGGUCGAGUUUGAUCAAAUUACAAGGACAAAGAAAAGAGCUGGAGAACUAUUGCUAGAGAAAUUCUUUGAAUAUUGCAAGUUGGUUGUAGAUACAACAUGUAAUGAUUUAAUUGCAAAGUUGAACUUUUGUGAGGCACAGACCAAGAGCGAUAAACUAAUUUUCUCUAAAGAUUCUUUGCAUGUUCAGCGAUUGAAGAAGGAGCAGAGAGAGAAAAACCUGAAAGAUGCCCAAGAUGAGGCUAAAUAUCUUGGUAACUUUGUGAAGCUGGUUGACCAGAUGCUUCUGACCCAUCUACUGGCUCUUGCAAGAGCCAACAUUUGUACCUUUGUGAAUAAUACUAUGGUAGAGGGACAAAAAGCCGACAGAAAGGCUCUUUAUGCUGCCAAGCUUGUGUUCAAUGAGUCAAGUUGUUUGAGUUUAUUUCCAAGUAAAGAGAAGUUCUCAAAUACAGUGACAAGUGCCUUACAAGCUGUGGCACAGGUGAUGUGGGAGAAGGCAAAAUCAAUGGAAGAUGGCUCAUUGGCUGAUCAAGGCAAGAACAUGGAUGCCACAUCAGGCACUAAUGAAGAUUCACAGCACAGGCCCUCACUGACUCUUAACGUCAGUUCAGCCAGCCCUGUAACUCCAGUCAGCUUAUCAAGAGAGGGCAAAGAUGAGCCUAUGGUAUUGCCUGAUGAAGAUGACACAAGUACACAGCUAACAGAGCCUGUCAUGUCCGUCAGAGAGGACCCAACUAAGGACUUGGAUGUCAUGGGUGUACUGACCCCUGAACUUGUUCCCAGAGCAAAUCAUGGCACCAGUAUAAAAAUAGAAGGACAUGGCUUCAUUGGUCAAUAUAGCGCCCUCAACAAAGUCAAUCUUCAAGAGAAGCUAUCUCAAGAUGUCGAAAUGCAAGCCUCUUACAAGAUGUAUUUCAAGUAUAUUAAUGAUGCAAUGAAGGACAUCGAUUCUUUCUGCACUGAGCAUCAUUGGCUGACAGAGAUACAUAAGUUCACCCAAUCCUGGACUAAGGACUCGGUCAAAGCAUGGCACAAAGCCCAGGCCUACACAAUUGAGACCCAGUUGAGCCAGAUUCGUACAUGGGUUGAGCGUGUGAAGAAUGUCGACCGCUUCUUCACAAGUGAAAACCAGUUGUUCUACAUUGACUGUGGAGUAAUACAGGAGACGUUGGUUCCUGCCCUGAAUGGUGCUUUUCGUGAUUUACUCAAUUUCACAGCGGAAGAGGCCAAAAAGUUUUCUUCUGCAUUCAUCAGUGAAGUACAGGAAGUAGUUCUGGGUAUGAAAUCUAAAGAAACAACUACAGAAGGGUUCGCAGAGUAUGCCCAGAGGUAUGGUAUCUACAAGUUGAAGAUGGGAACACUUCAACAAGAAGUUGAAUAUGUCAAAUCUUUAUUUGAGGUGAUUAGACUCAGUUACCGAUCAUUGACCCCCGAAGAGGAGAAGAUUGAGGAACGAGUGUGGCACAAUUGGGAAGCCUUUUUACUCCAGUUACAGGAAGCAGCAGAGUUUGUGAACACCCAGCUUCCACUUAAACAAAUCCAGUUACAGGAAAGCUUCCAAAAACUUGAAGAAGAGGUAGAGAGGAUAUUGAAAGAUGCUACAACAGGGCCGUUUCUAGAUCCCUCGCAAAACCCAACCAAAUUGCUUGCUGUUGGCCAAAAGCUUUUUGACGAAUUCUACGUUGUUGCACGGGAAAUGCGCAAAUGCAGUAAGUACAAAGAGAUGAUAACAGGCCAAGCAUUUGAUACAUCUCGAUUGGACUUCGCGCUUCACCAGAUUACGGUACGGUGGGAAUUGUGGAAAUACAUAGAAGUAUCUUCCUAUACAAUACAAGACUGGAUGAGACAACUAUUCAGAAGGAUGAAUGUACAAAAGGCUAUUGAUAAGGUAGAUUUGUGGCAGACUGCAGCCAAGCGUUUUUUAGAAGAGUUACCAAGUGAUGAUAAGGUUCUGCUGCAUUGGUUCAAACUGCUGAGCGACUUCAAACAAGAUCUUCCUCUGCUCCUGAAGCUCUCAAGUGAUUCACUCAAGCCUCGGCAUUGGAAAGCUUUGUUUGUAAGCCUGGGCCAGCCUUACCACGCAGGACAGCAUUUCUCUGUCGCUGAGCUUUUGUCUUUUAACCUAAGUGAGCAUAGCCUACAGGUGAACACGAUAUGUAAUGGUGCCAUAGCUGAGUUCACCCUUGAGACCAAACUCAAACAGAUCCGCAAAGUGUGGGAUGAGAAGGAGUUUAAACUAGCUAAGCAUAUUCCAGAGAAGAUGUACAAUAGUCAGCAUAACCAAGCCAAGCAACCAUCAUGGUCCAUAAUAAAGACUGAAGUAGACAUGUAUACCUUGAUUGGCAUCGAAGAAUUGAAAUAUCUGCUAGAGGAUAGUCAGGUGACUCUACAGUGUAUGCUCGUGUCUCCUCACUUGGCUGAAUUAAAAACAGAAGCAGAAAUUUGGCACCAUAAUCUCCAACAAGUAGAUGAAAUGCUCGACUUGUGGACACUUACACAGAUCAAGUGGCGAUACUUGAGCAAGGUGUUCAGUUCUGACAAACUGAGCAGCACUCUACAUAAGCAGGCAGUUAAGUUCAACAGUGUCAACACUAGAUAUGAGGAAAUAAUGAAAAGUGUUGUUGGUGAUCCUAAAGUCUUAUCAAUUCUCAACAAACGUGUGGGCCAGAAGAAUAGGCGGCCUCUUCAAGGGGAUGUUCUACGAGAUUGUUUCAAAAGUAUGAUUCACGAUCAAGAAGAGAUCAUAAAAGAACUCCAGCAGCAUCUAAAGGAGAUCCGUUCCAAGUUCCCACGGCUUUACUUUAUGAGUGAUGAUGACCUAAUGAUAUUACUGACUAUCACAAGGGACAAGAGAGCUUGGGUGCCAUAUGCCCGGAAUCUCUUUCCUGGCAUCACAGAACUCAAGUUUGCGGUACCGAAUAGCUCAGCUAUGAUGAAAACCAUGCUGGAUAUGCAUUUGCAUUCACAUAAGUUGGAAGUAAUUGGUAUCUAUGGUGAUCAUGGUGAGAGUGUACCCCUCAUUGCAGCAGUUGCAUCCACAAGUGAGAUUUCAGAUUGGUUAGGAAGACUAGAAGCAAAUGUCAAAAGCACUAUGGGUAAUUUUCUUCAGAUGUGCAUGGAGGCAAGGUUGUCAAGAGACUACAUCACUCCAGUGAAGAUUCUGGAGGAACUAGCUUCCCUAGAGGAAACAAAAAAGGAAAAGAAACAGAGUGAAGAAGAGUCGAAGCUAAAACAUGCUGUCAAGAGAAACUUUCAACACUGGUUGCUUCGUUUUCCAGCACAGUGUGUACUGACUGCAGAGGCAGUCGUUUGGGAAAGGAACACCAGACAUGCAUUGGAAGACCAAGACAAGAGUGCUUUACUGAAGAAUAAGGAGAGUUUGGAUCGAAGAUUGGAACAAUAUAUCAGUAUACUGAGUGAGAUCUCAGCCGGUGAUCUAAAUUUUGAUCCAAGAAAUCGUCUGCAUAUAUUGCUCAGAAACCUGAUCAACCAAACUCUUCAUCAGAAGUGCAUAAUUGAAGGUCUUCUGUCGGUAUCAUCAAUCUCAAGUCGUUGCUUUGAAUGGGAGAGUGUCUUAAAGCACCGCAUGAACUGGCAGAGUGUUCUGUGUGCUAGACCGUCUCUACAGCCAACUGAGGGUGCAUUUCAGUUAUUAGCUGAUCCCGAAAGUGAGCCCUCACUCAAUGCAAGGGCCCCAACUGUGGUGACCUCUAGCUUUGUAUUUGGGGAUUGCAGUGUGCAGCAGAUGGGCAAAGUUUUUAACUACGAUCAUGAGUACUUUGGUCCAAGCUUGCGCGCAGUCUGUACGCUACUGACAGACAGGUGUCACCUCGGAUUGACAAUGGCUAUGAGCAGGUUCCAGUGUGGUACUGCCAUUGGACCAACUGCGUCUGGGAAGACGGAAUUGAUUCAAGAUCUGUCACAGACAAUGGGUCGUCAUCUAUUUAGUUUGACAUGUUGCCAUGACAACAGCAUGGAUCAUAUCAUUGGUGUGUUGACAGGUGCUAUUCAGUCUGGUUCUUGGUUUCUCAUUGAUGAUGCUGACUUACUGCCACAAGGCCUACAAUCUGUUCUAGGUCAACAGCUUAACUAUGUACUUGAUGCUUACAAGGCAUUGAGCAGUACUUACGGAAGUCAGUAUGACAUGCGUGGUACCUCAAAGUUUGACAAGUCAAAAGAUGUGAGAAGAAAUUCCUUAACUACUCUGCACUCCAGUUCAGAAUUGAUAAAACCCAAGAUGCCCAAAGGUAGCACUUGUCCAAAAAUUAUCACGAAAAUUGGAAAAAGAGUAAAGUUUGAGAAGAAAGAAUCUUCCAAAGAUGAGGAGGAAGUUCUACCUCAUCUGCAACUGAGACGGCAUUCAAUUAGCAAGACAAUGCUAAUUGAUGAUGGACAGCAUUAUGAGAAUGCUUCCAAUGCUAUUCCACUGUUUGAAGACACAGCAAGUGACAUUGACGAGGCUGGGAAUGACAACAAAGAGACGAGUACAAUUGAGGAAAAGUUCAAUCAACUGCUAAAAUGGAAAUACAAACCAACGUAUCUUGGACACUUGACCCUUGGAGGACAGUUAGUUGAAGCUAACGCAAACUUUGCUUGUUUCAUGAAUGUAAGCACGACACGACAAACCAAUCAUGAUAUGCCACAGAAUCUUAGGGUGCUAAUGCGUCCAGUUUCCAUGAUAAAACCUGAUAUUGGUGUCAUUCUGGAAGCAACUUUAAUUUGCAAUGGCUUUACUGAAGCAAAGACAUUGGCCCACAAGAUAACAACAUUGAUGGAUCUCCUUGACAACCAACUCCCUCAGAUACCACAGUACAAAGUAAACCUGAGUACUCUGAAGACUGCUUUGAAGUUAGCUGCCUCAAGGUUGCAUGCAAGAAGAAAUACCCAGUUGUCAGCAAGGAACAGUUUCUCCAGGGCUGGAGAUGCCUCUGUUGCAUCACCUCUUACCGAUAGUUUAUUAGAAUCAAUGGAAUACAUUGAACAAGAUGAGGAACAGAAGCAAGAGCUAGCACUUGUUCAUGGCCUUACUGCUUGUCUCAUACCACGUCUUACCAGCGUUCAAGACAUCCGCAUGGUUAAGAACUUACUCCGAAGUGUCUUCCCUCGCAGCAGUCGGCCAAGCACCGCUAAAGAACAUGAUCCGGUAUUGAUGGAUGCUGUGCAGAGUCAGUUUGUUCUUGAUAAACUUCAGGCAACUCCCCAACAUGUAUCAAAGGUUUUAGAGUUGCAUAAGAAUCUGGAAUCUUCCAUUGGUACUAUUUUGCUAGGCCCGGCUGGUUCAGGCAAAACAGUGUGUUAUCAGACGCUAGCAAGAGCUUUAAACAAGCUUCAUACUGACUUCGCUUCAAAUACACAAGGAGCAAACAGCGGUGAUAAGAGAAAUGAGGGUAAAAUUUCUCCAGAGUUACAACGAUCAUCUACAAUGGAUCGAAUCCUCCGCAAGGGGGAAGUAUUAUCAAGUCAAGCAGGUCGUGUUUGCUAUAAUCCAGUGAACGUGGAUGUUUUGUAUCCCUCAGUUCUGUCAACAGAACAGAUGUUCGGAACCUAUGAUGUUGAGGUGCAAUGUUGGAAAGAUGGAGUAUUUACAAAAUUAUUGCGAGAUAGAUCAAUUACUUGCGAAAGAGCCAAGGUAUUGACUUCGAAAGAAAACAAAGAACAGAAGAAAUUAAAAGGGAUGCUCAACCCACCAAGCAUCAUCAACUCGUGGGUUGUAAUGGACGGGUCUAUUGAUCCAAUGUGGUCAGACAAUCUCAAUGCAAUACUCAGAAAGAGUGGAACAAUCAAUUUAGGUCAUGGAGUUUCCAUCAACAGGAGUGACUCUACAUCCAUCAUCUUUGAAACCACGGACAUUUCAACAGCCUCUCCCGCCACCGUCACGCGGUGUUCUGUGGUGCAUUUUGGGAUGGAUGUUGUCCAGUGGCGGUCAAUCAUUGAAUCAUGGCUUGGUAUAGCUAAAUCACAAUGGGAAUUGUCUAAUGAUUGUCUCCAACUGCUCAAGACACAUGUUGCUGAUUUAUUUUCCUUGACGAUUGACUUUGUCACCGAGCAAUGUACACCGGCUUUGAUGGCCAGCCUUACAAGUGAGAUCAAACGCAAUAACCAGAUUGGAAGGGGAGUGCAGGAAGUGACCUCCUUCAUCCGUAUCAUGUCUGCUCUAUGUGACAGGUUUAUUCUAAAUGAGGAAGAUGUACCCACGCCAAGAUCUGGUUCAUCUGAGGGUAAACCUCCCACCCCCACAAGUGGCACAUCUUCUGACGUAACAGUUGUGAAACCAACUCAAGUAAGACAGAUAUCUACGUUGUUUGUAUUUGCAUUCAUCUGGGGAUUCGGAGGCCAUCUGCAUGACAGAUAUGCUGAAAAAUUUGACGUCUUUUUCAAAAACCUUAUAAGCAAGACUACACAUGACAUUCAAGUGCCUAGCAGUGGGAGUGUGUUCUGUUGGUAUAUUGAUCCAAAUCAGGCUGUUCUAGUUUCUGCCGUUGACCAGCUUGGUGAAAAGAUUAAAACACUUCCAUCUAAUUACACCAUCAUUCCAGAGAUCAACAGGUAUUUCAAUUUGAUUGAUUUACUGGUGUCAUCCAAUUAUCACAUACUCUUAACAGGAGAACCAGGCUGUGGCAAGACCUCACUCAUGCAGAACUUGGUUCAGCCAAGACACUACUUUGUGAAGGCGACCUUCUCACAGCAGUUGACCUGUGAACAAGUUGAAGAGUUUAUGUUGAGUAAACUGCGAACCAGAAACCAAGUGAAUUCAUCAAAAAAUACUGGCAAAUCCAACAAACAGAGCAAUAUCAUCUUUAUAGAUGACUUGAAUUGCUGCCCUGAUAAUAAACCAACUGGAUCACAGCCAUGUAUUGAACUAGUCCGUCAGUUCAUCAACUGCCAAGGUGUCUACCAUCGUUCACGUAAUUUCUUCCAAGCUAUGGAAAGAGCGAAUUUUAUCGCAGCAUGUAAUGCACCUGGGUCGGCAGGUGUGGGUAGUGGUUUAUGUACCAAAGUACUUUCGCCUCGUAUAACACGGCUGUUCACUGUCUUGAACUUCUUUGCAUUGUCGCAUGAAUCAUACAGUAAGCUACACUGCUCUACCAUGCAGGCGUGGUUGGAGGAAUUUCCAGCAUAUUCGUUGAACAGACAUCAUGAAUUGGCCCAGGCAAUUCUGCUGGCUUCACAAGACCUGUUCAAGUCAAUAAGGAAGCAUUUUUCGCUAAGCCCUUUAAAUCCUCACUACACCUUUUCAUUACAUGACAUCAGUAGGGUGGUGCAGGGCAUGUUCUUGCUCUCUCCCAGAGCUAGGGGAAGGCCUAGGCAUGGUCAUCGCAGAACAGUUGCUGGUACCAAAGGAGGUAAUUAUGGAAGGCGAAGGUCAAGAGGUGAAAUCCUAUCAGCCCCUCCCAUGAUGAAGAUGGUCAUCAGACUAUGGUGUCAUGAGACUACUAGGACCUUCAGCGAUAGGCUUGUAACAGAAGAAGCCUUUGAUUGGUACACGCAAUCUUUGCAACAAGUAGUUGAGAAACAUUUCUGCACCGGUGAGACUGACACAACUUCGGGUAACAUAAGUGAAGAUGUUCAAUUAGCAGAUAUUUUGUCACCAACUCUUUCUGAGGGAUCUGUUGUGAUAGGCCAAUCACCUGAUUCGGUGUGUAAGUCUGUUGAACCUGAAGAGGAUGAUGAUGAGGACAAUGUACUGAGUAAAUCCACAAGUACUCCAGGGACGGGAACAACUCGGACUGCAUCCUCAAUUUCAGAUGCUACUGAUCAAAUCACAUCUGAUGAAUCAAGCAUGUCUCCAGGCACUACACUCUCCUCUGCAACACCAUUGGAGCAAGAUGAUACUGGUACCUCUGUAACUUCCCAGAUGGUCGAUAGUAGAGACACACCAGUUAAAGAACAUUCACAUGAACCAGAUAUGCCAACAACAAGCCAAAUAUCAUCUUCUGCAAUACACUAUGAUUCACAAUUGUCAGAGGGAAGAUGCACAGAAGUUGGAAUGUCUGACAGCAAGAAUACAGCUGUUACAGUGUCUGACAUUCUCCCUGAAACAAAUGAGACCUCUCAACCAGAUGUAGCCAAAGGCAUUCCAUCUGAAAGUGCCCCACCCCCAUCAGCCAUAGGGGUGAAUGGCUCAGUGCCUCAUACUCCCAUUCGUAAAAGUUUACAGAAGUCGCCAGCUAGGGGGUUGUCGAAAGAGAAGAAAAGAGGUGUGACUUUUAAACCAGGCCUUAUUGGGGACACGUUUACAUUUGAGCAGUAUAAAGGACCACUUAUUUCUAUGGAUGAGAUUUGUUCAUCAGAGGAAAAAUUGUCAGAUAUUUUGUUUACCAAGUUUAUAAGCACAGACUUAAGAGAUUCAGAUAAAGCUGCAGGUUAUGGAGAAGUGAACACUAAUCAAAUACACACAGGAUUGCAGAAAUGUCUAAAUCUCUACAAUGAAGGCGCUGAUCAACAAAUGGACCUGGUGUUCUUUGAGGAGGCCUUAAGGCAUUUUGCCAAACUGACAAGAGUAUUGGGCACCCAAGGGGGAAAUGCUUUGUUGAUUGGACAGACUCGAGGCACUGGACGAUCCAGUUUGACACGGCUUGCUGCAUCAGCUGCAAAGUUCAAGAUGUUUGAGCCUAAGCCUAGCUCAGUCACCAAAGACCGCUCAAUAAGAAUUCGUGAAGCCAUGAGGAGAGCAAGCAGAGUGGCUGGAUUGGCAGGGAAGCCUGCUGUAUUGCUUGUCAGCUGUGAACCAUCAGACCAGUCAUUGUAUGAUCUUACAGCCCUCAUGAAAGAAGGAACCUGUCCUGGAUUGUACAGUAAAGAGGACCUUGACCAGAUAGCUUUACAGAUGCUGCCUGGAUCCAAGCCUAGUGGGCAUAGAAGCCAAAGGGUGGAGAUGGCACAGGAGCGGUUCUUCAGACGUGUCCUUGUAAACCUUCAUGUGGUGGUCAGUCUUCAUUGUCCAGGUGGUGAUAUAAGUUCCCUUCAUGAAUGCUUCUGUCACCACCCUAGCCUCCUCCACUCCAGUUGUUGUGUUGAUAUUUACAAGCCUUGGAGCCAUGAGUCUUUGAUAAGUAUUGCCAGUCAGUGUCUGAACAGGAAGACCUUGAGUAUGAAAUCUAGAAAGGCGUACAUGGUGCCAUGGAGCUGUAAGAAUGUCCAAGCUGAGAUGAACUGCAUAAGUCAUGCCAUGGCCUGUAUUCAUAGGACUUCUAUCAACGCAAUCGAUAGACACUUUCACAAAAGCAACAGAUUCUAUUCACCUCUUACCUUCAUAGAGUUCAUUGACCUCUUCAAAACAAUUUCAGCAAGGCUUGGUAAAAAAUAUACUAAUGCCAUUAUCAAAUACAAGAAAGCAUUAGGAAGUAUAAAUGAGGCGUAUGAGAGCAUCAGUAGCUUGAAUAUUGAACUCCAAAGACUGCAGCCUCUCCAUGCUGAUGCCAUGCUAGUCUCUCAACAACGACUAACGGAAGUUGACAAGCUCAAGAAUGAAUAUGCUGAUGCCAAGGAGCAAUGCAGACUUGAUGAGAUUGCCAUCCUGAAGAUGGAAGGACCUCUUGAACAAAUGAAAAAAGAGGCACAAGAUGAACUGGAUAAGGUUAACCCAAUAUAUGAAGCGGCCCUGAAGGCUUUAAAGAGCCUCAACUCACAUGAUCUUGACGAGAUUCGAUCCUACAGAGCUCCUCCAGUGGCUGUCGUCAAUGUUGUUAGCGCCCUUUGUCUACUCUUCCAGGAGCCUUAUGAUUGGGCAAGUGGCAAGCUUCUGAUAAACCGUGACAACUUCUUUGAAGAUCUUGAAUUCUAUGAGAAAGAUAGAAUGCCAGAUGAUGUGUUCUAUAAAUUGAACAUCAUGUUUAUUCAGGACACGUCUUUUAGGCCUGAAGUUGUGGCAGUGGUUAGUAAGGCUGCUGAGUCCCUGUGUAAGUGGGUACAUGCUGUUUAUGCAUAUGCCUGCCUUCACCGUGCCUUACAUCCUAAGUUGAAACAAGUUCAGAUAGCAGAGGCUAAGCUUGAUCAGGCAAAAGCUCACCUUGGGCUGAAAAGGGUUAAAUGUCAGGAGGUAAAGGUCAUUCUUGAGGAACAGAUACAGAUUUAUCAGGACAGUGUGAAAAGCGUUAAUGAUAUUGAAGUGUCCAUGAAGAGUACAGAGGAAAAGAUCAACAGUGCUACACAUUUAAUGAUAAACAUGUCGAUGCAGCAUGCAACAUGGAAAAGCGCCCUCGCUCAGUCUGAAAAGCACUUAGCAACAGCUCCGGGAGAUGCACUACUUGCAGCGGCAUGCGUCUGCUACCACGGUCCAAUGGAUCAGCUUACGAGAGAAGAAAUGAUCACGGAUUGGCUGUUGAGAUGUAAAACUGGACGUUAUCAUCCCAAACAGACAACCCAGGAAAAAUCUGGCCAAGAAACAUCAGUUACUGAACAGAUUACUCAAGCUAACAACGUAUGUGAUAGAAAGCAUAUAGAGUCAACAGUAAGUGGAAGGGAAACAGCUGAUGGCUUUACAAGUAUAUCUGGGGACGACAUGUCCUUACCUCCUUUUCUCUCAAGAGAAAGUACAGAUGAGAGUUUUAGCCAUGGAAGCAGUCAAAGCCGGGCUACCAUACUCCAGCCAUGUCAUAUCCGUGAGAACUUUUCUCUAGAUGCAAUCUUGAGCGAUCAAGAAGAGCAGAGAAGCUGGCAAAAUCAGGAAAUCCCGCAAGACAAGUACGCUUUCCACAACCUCCUCAUCAUGCGCACCUGUUGCCAGUGGGGAAGGCGGCAUUGGCCAUUGCUUUUGGAUCCCGACCAGCAAGUGGAGACCUGGGUUCAGUUGAUAAAUAACUCAAGCAAAAAAGUGCUACAAGAUAACGAUGAAGAAGAUGCAUUAUUUGAGGAGAGUGUGACACCAGUUCUGACAUCCAAAGCUCUUGAAGCUCUUGAGCAAGUCUCAGAGUACAGCACAGGCCAAUCCACAGGCUUUUUGGAAUCCUCCAUUGGGGAAACGACAGAAACAGAAUACCCUCAGACACCUGCAACAGGGAUGAGUAGUAUUGGUGGUGAUACACCCCGCCAUCCAAACUAUGAUGGAAGUGAUGGGGUUUUAGAAACAACCAGCUUCACGGACCAGUCAGAGCCUUCGAGUGUUCUACUUCUUGAUCCUGAUAUGGAGCGCCCUCAAGGUGACAUAUGGAUCAUCUCUAGUGACGAUUCAUCUGUUGAAAUGAAACUGAUUCAAAGUGUUGUACUCGGUUUGACAAUGCUCAUCAAGAAUCUUGAGCGAAAGCCUCUGGACCCACGCUUUGAUAAUGUAAUGAAGAGGAACUUUGUGCUGGGCUUAGAUGGAAAGAGGAGGCUGAAAAUUGGUUCUCUGGAGUAUGUCUGCCAUCCUAGUUUCAACCUUUACCUUAGCUCGUCAGUACCAUUGCAUCUCAAAGGAGCUAACAUCUUCCCACAGCCUACCGAGCUUACCUCAGUGAUAAACUUAGCCAUUAGCCCAGAAGGUUUAUCUAAUCAAAUUCUGGAGAUUGCCAUUUCGUUUGAGCGUCCAGAAUAUGACAACCAAGUUAAGACUUUAGAGGGCGACAUUCGUGAUCAAAAAUUGUUCAUGGAAAAAGUUGAGAUGGAUAUUCUCAUGAACACCAUUAACCUUGAGGUAGGCAUACUUGAGGAGUCUACAAUGCUCGAUCAACUACUGAAGUACCAACAGAACAUCCAGAGCACAGAGGCUAGUCUCCAUGAGAGUCUGCUCUACUUAGAUCAGAUAAAGAGCAAAACUAAAGACUACAAAGCUGUUUCUGAACACGCAACUCUUCUUUAUCAAGUCGUGGACUCCAUGUCUCAACUGAAUCCACUAUAUUAUCAGUCACUUGGUAGUUUUGUCCACCUCUGCAGGUCAGUCAUCAAAGGCCAUAGAAAGGAAUCUGGCAUUCUUCUAGACCCAAAGGCACGUGCCACAGAAUUGGUGAACGCCCUCACACACGAGGUGCAUGAACAUAUUUCACACGGUGUCUCCGAACUGCACUCGGAUAUCUUCAUCUUCCUGGUUUCCGUAGCAAAAUUGAAAUCAUGCAAUGAAGUGUCGGAGAUUGAAUGGAGCUUGUUCUUAAAUGAAGAAGCUGUCUUUGUGACAGAGGUGCCAGAGGCAGAUAAUAAACCAUCAUGGAUACCCAAAACGGCAUGGACCUCUUGCAGCCGACUUGAGAAGUUUGUGCCAUGUUUUCAAGGCCUAACUAGCUCCUUCACUAACCAAUCCAGACAGUGGUACGAGUACUUUGCUUGCGAACCCAAUCUUCUUUCAAUUGUGCCAGGAGAAAUUGAGGACAGAAGUUUAACAGCUUUCCAAAAGAUUCUGUUGUGGAAAGUGAUGAAGCCAGAUGUGACCCGACAGCUAUGCCAUUGCCUGGCUGUGCAUCAGCUUGCUUCAACAAUUGCAAAGACUACUGGUUAUCACAUAGGUGAUGUUCUUCCACAAACUUCAAGUAACAAGCCAACCAUCUUUAUCUUACCAUCACCUUAUGGUGCAUAUCCCGACUCAGCAAAUUCAGGACACAGUUUAUUCGACCCUGUCAGUGAGGUGCUGCAGGAAGCCAAGCAUACUUUCCAUAACAGGGUUAUUCACGUUGUUUCAAUGGGUAUGCCUUCACAAUUGCUGCAAGCUGAGAAACUUCUAAAUGACUGUCAGGUUAAAGGUCACUGGCUGGUCUUAAGCAAUUGCCAUCUAGUGGAGCACUGGAAUAAUAGACUCAUUGACCUUUUGAAGAGUGCAUUAGGUGCACAUAUUGAGCAGAUGCAUGAAAGCAAUCCCCAAACACUACAUCCUGGCUUCAGACUCUGGAUAACCACGGCUGCAGACAGCUCCAAUCCACUUCCAGCCAUCAUCACCCAGCAUGGGGUUAAAGUAUUUUGCCAGACAACUUCAAACUUCAAGAGUUCUCUGAUGUAUCACUUCAAUUCUGUGAUGAAGGAUGCUCACACCAUGCCGGCCAUGUUGAAACCAUCUGUAGAUGUCAAGGUUCUCAAUGAGUUGAUCUUUUCAACAUCUCUACUGCAUGCAGUUUUAUCACAAAGGAGACGUUACCAUCCCAUUGGCAUGGCAACUGACUGUCAGUGGAACUCAAAAGAUCUUACAUCAGCUGUUGAGUAUGUAGGAGAUGUUAUAACAAGGUGUAACAUUGAUAACUACAACCACAUUCAGGAUAUGAUAGCACUGCUGGUGUAUGGAGGCCACGUAAGGCAUCAUCAGGAUCAACUACUGAUACAGUCUCUAGUUAGGAGCGUAAUUAUUCCAGCCAAGCAGUUGAAACAACAGGCAGUUCCAAGCACAGGUACACAACACCUCCUACAUAAACUGGUUGACAGUACGAGACCACGGAGUAGUCAGCUGAAGCAAUACCAAAGCAUCUUUGAUAACAUGAAAGAUGAAAUACUUCCCUCAUCGCUGGGGUUAUCUCCUGUUGCUACCAACAAGCACAACAUUAAGCUAAGCAAAUUGGUUUGUAAGGACCUGGUUAAAAUUCAUAGUGAACCACACGACUCAUUAAAGACAAGCUAUGUUGGCAUCAUUGUACACUUGCAAAACAUCAAACACUUUAUCCAGGAACUACAAAAAUUAUCUUAUACACCUGGUGAUGGUUUAAAUUACCUGGACAAUUUCUUGGCAUCAGAAACCUUGGUCUACCAGUCUCACCUGAGUAAUGUCGUGUCUGACAUAGAUGUUCUCGUGGACGGCAUCAACGGAGAAGUGGCACUAACACCUGCAAUGUUACUUGAUGUUCAGAUGGUUACAGCUGGUUAUGUUCCUUCAUCUUGGAUGGUAUGCAAAGAGAGCCCUCAAGUUAUUGAACAUUGGAGGAGAUGCAUAGACACAAAACAGAGACUUCUGACCGAGUAUUGCAGUGGUGAAAAUCUGUGUGUUUUUGAGUUAAGUGCAUUUAGCAACCCUAAGAUGUUCCUUCAGUCCAUAGCUCAAGAGUAUGCACGAAAGGAAUACAUAGAGGUUAACAGAGUUCAACUACAAACACAGGUGCUAGGAAUGAUAACACCACCUACUGUCCAACCAGAAAAGGGGGUGUACCUCAUUGGACUUCAACUGAACAAUGCAUCAUGGGAUAGUAAACGAGCAUGUCUGAACAUUAGCGCUACCAAUGACCAGCAGAAUGUAACAUCAUCACUACCAGUUAUCUGGCUGAAACCAAUCGACCGCGCAAUUCAGUGGGAGAAGUCAGCGAUAGAGGGCAAUGUUUUCAAGUGUCCUGUUCACUCCAGUGCUGUUGAGGAUGUGGUGGAUGCCGAGGAUGCCCUGUUCCAUGUUAACCUACCGUCUGAUUUAAAUGACGAUGUGUACAAUCAAUUAAGAGUACAUGCUGUUAUUUAUCCUUAGUUAUUUUUGCCACAAUUCAAUUUUUAAAAUUUGUAUAUCAAAAAUUAAACUGUUUUAUUGCAGUAGAAAGAUAGAUUUUAAUAAUACCUUGUUUAGCAAACUUAAUUUUUGAAAGAUUGCCAGAAAUUGUUCUUAAAAUUCCAAAAGCACUAUUUUCUGAAAUUUCUAAUUUUCACACCAGUGUGUGAGCUAACAGGUUGGUUCUUCUUUCUUUAUCUAUAAUAUUCAUUUUAAUUGUGUGUGAUGCAAACUUGUAAAUAAUAUUAUUUAUAUGACACCUUGAUUUUGUUUACUUUUUAGAAUUGUUAGCAAUAAGUGAAAAACCAAAUAAACAUUGCAAAAAUCCGUCCAUUAAUUUGCAAAAAAAUAUUGAGUAGAGAAAGUAUAUUUUCAUGCCAAUCGUCGUUAUACAGUACUGAAAUGACAAUGAAUUCCGUCCAAAUUCAUAUGUUUGUUUGGUGCCAACUUAUGCUGUACAUGUGGUGCCAACUACAGAGUGCGAAGAUAUAGUAUAGUAUGUGUAUGGAGCCCGCCAACUACAGUUGGCUUCACAAACAUGAAACAACUUAACUCAACCUUGAUGAUAAAGUGUGAAUUAAUGUUUUCAUUGUUUUUUGUUUUUUUUAAAGAUUGAUGUAAAUAUAUUUCUUGAAUAUAGUCAAAUUAAUGGCAAAUCUGUAACUUUUUCAGAUUGUAUAGUUGAUUUAUUAUAAUUCUUAUGUAUAUUUUUAUGAAAGUACUUGAACUUUGUGUGAAAUAUCUAGAAAAGAAUUUGUACUUUUUGUGAUGUUAAGACUGCAAUAAAAUAAUAUCAAACACACAGAAAUUAUU